CAUAUCUUUCAAUGCUGAGUUUUAACGUGUAGCUCUUGGUUGGAAGGCACAUUUUUUUGAGACUCACACUUUUAAACCCAAGGAUUAAAUACUUCGAGAGCUGUGGGUGGGCUCCACAGCAUGAAAAUAGUCGUCCAAGCCAACAAACAAAAACUUUAGUGGCAUAGUGAGUGGCGCCUAUAUGAGACUUGCCUCGCGUUUCAAAACCCGCACUUCAGAUUCAACGCCGAUGAGGCAGGGCCCUUGCGUCAAGAGCGAGAAAACGAGCGCGAGUGAUGUACCGCCGGACCACGAGGGGUCGUGCCCAUCCCCUAUGGACACAUGCACUACACACGCCACUUCCUCUACGCCUGACGACGUAUAUGACCCCGUCGACAUUGUUGUCACGCGCACCAUCAUCUGCCCUGAUUCCAAUUCCCGUGGUGGCCCUCGUAUGCUAUCUCGCCCACAGAUGGUGUUUAGGUGGAUGUUCUCACGCUCGCCGUCUUCCACAAACACCUACUCUCCCUCUCAAUCUUCUUCGUCAUCUGUGUCACUGCGAUCCACCCCUCCUUCACGCUUCGCGAGCCUGGUGCUCAGAGCGCUCAACUGUCUCAGCCCAUCCUCAGCUUUUGAUAGAGAUGCGGAUGAUAUGAAGGCGCACAGGACGGAGAGACCUAUAUCGUGCCGAGCAGCCCUUGACAAUAUGGAAAUACACAUGUAGGAUGACCCGAACCCUCAAACUCCCUGUCUGGUAGCUCAGAAAGCUGAUAUAUCAGACUCGAAGUCAUCAGCGGAAAGAAUCUUCAAGUCCCCUCCCAGUGGCGCAUUCCUGCUGGCAUCUACAUAUCCAUCAAUGU